AUGGACAUGCAGCACAUAAUACCUACAGAUUUGCGUCAACUACGAGCCUGCUUAUUAUGUGGACUUAUCAAAACCAUGUCUCAAUUCGAAAUGAAUGGCUGCGAAAACUGCGAGGACUACCUAAACCUUCAAGGGGACCGGGAAUCUGUUUAUGAGUGCACAUCGAACAACUUCGACGGAAUGGUUGCCAUGAUGAACCCCUCUGAGAGCUGGGUUGCGCGAUGGUUAAGGAUAGACAAGCUGACACCAGGCGUUUAUGCGAUGAGUGUCUCCGGAAAGCUUUCGAAGAGUAGAAUAGAUCACCUCAGAAGCAGAGGUCUCGAAUAUCAGUCGCGCGACAGGAGCAAAGCGUGA